CUCGAAGUCACAUGUGGGCUGAGCAUGUCAGAUCUCAGGGGCAACACGACCGUGUAUGACUAUCGGCUGCCUGCCCGAAGAGUUCAAUUCUCAACUCGUCUUCCUUGAUAGUUGAGUUGUCGUUGUAUGAAUUAGAGUGACGAUGCGACUCAUUCCGGCCGUCACGUUUUGCGCGGCAUCCCAUGCACUCGGGGUGCCUAGGCAGAGCUCUUCUGAUGAGCUUUAUGGCAUUGCUGGCCAACAGAUUCCGCCCGAAGUCAGCUCAGCGCCUGGUCAAGUUUGUUACACUUACACCCGUUCGUAUCUCACAACAUAUAUCACUACAAUUUUGGCCACAAGUCCAAGCAAUGGUGGUGGUCAAAACUCGCAAAUUGGCCCAUCGACCGAGAACGCUGGUAAUGGCGCUUUCUACGGUACCGCCGGCUUUGCAGGAGAUAAUGUGCCGGGAUACGGUACAGAUGCUGGAUCAUGA